GGAGCGCGGGGUUUUGACUGGGACGCCGUCGUUGUUGUGACGGGCCCACGCCGCGGCCGCUGCCAAACGGUUCCGGGCCCCGCACGGUUCCGCCCGUCGUGCCCGCCCCCGCCCCUGCCCUCUCCUCCCCUCCCUUUCCCCCGCCUGGCGUCGGCGCGUCCGCGGCCCCAUGGCCUUCGCCCCGGAGGAUCCAAUUUUGGAACGUUAUUUCAAAGGCCAUAAAGCUGCAGUGACUAGUGUGGAUUUCAGCCCCAAUAGCAAACGACUUGCCAGUGCCUCUUGGGAUACCUUUCUCAUGCUAUGGGACUUCAAGCCACAGCCUAAAGCUUUCCGCUACGUGGGUCACAAGGAUGCUGUGACCAGCGUACAGUUUUCGCCGCUUGGAAACUUAGUGGCAUCUGCCUCACGAGACAGGACCGUCAGACUGUGGAUUCCUGAUAGGAAAGGGAAGUCUUCCGAGUUCAAGGCGCAUACUGCCCCUGUCCGAAGCGUAGACUUCUCCUGUGAUGGCCAGUUUCUUGCUACAGCCUCUGAGGACAAAUCCAUCAAAGUUUGGAAUAUGUAUCGGCAGCACUUCCUGUAUUCCCUGUAUCGGCACACACACUGGGUGUGCUGUGCCAAAUUUUCAGCUGAUGGAAGACUAAUAGUAUCAUGUAGUGAGGACAAGACCGUUAAAAUCUGGGAUACAGCCAAUAAACUGUGCAUUAAUAGCUUUACAGACUCUGAAGGGUUUGCGAACUUUGUGUCUUUUAACCCCAGUGGUACGUGCAUAGCUUCAGCAGGUUCUGAUCAUACAGUGAAACUCUGGGAUAUAAGAGUAAACAAGUUACUUCAGAAUUACCAAGUUCACAGUGGUGGAGUCAACUGCUUGUCAUUCCAUCCUUCGGGUAAUUACCUCAUCACUGCUUCAUCUGAUGGCACCCUUAAGAUCUUGGAUCUCAUAGAAGGAAGACUCAUCUAUACACUUCAAGGACACAUGGGACCCGUCUUUGCUGUUUCCUUUUCCAAAGGUGGUCAGCAGUUCACAUCUGGAGGUGCUGAUGCUCAGAUUUUAUUGUGGAAGACAAAUUUCGAUGAAAUGAAUUAUAAAGAUCUUCUGAAAAAAAACAUCAAAAGGUUACAUUUUGAUGCCCCACCUCAUCUUCUUGAUAUCUACCCCAGAACCUCUCAUCACCAUGAUAGAAAACCUGAUUCAAUUGAGAUUAAUCCCAAGCUUGAAGUGGUAAAUUUACAGACUUCUGACCCUCUUGUUGUGGAUAUUCUGUCUUCCGAAUCUUCGAAUACAACGGGAAUCCCAACUGCUAACGAAACACCACCAGAUGACAGCAGUCCCCACUUCUUAAACCCUGCCUUAGCACCUUCUUCAUCAAUAACCUCCACAGCCAGCAUAGAGAAGAAGCCGGAAGACAAGGGUGACAGCUCUUUCGCUGCUACUGACAGCCAGAAGAGCAUCCCGUUGGCUGUAACCGAUGCCUUGGAACACAUCAUGGAACAGCUGAACGUCUUAACCCAGACCGUAUCUAUUCUGGAGCAGCGACUGACAUUGACAGAGGAUAAAUUGAAAGACUGCCUAGAAAAUCAACAGAAGAUUUUUAACAGAGAACAGAGAAGUUGAAAAGAAAGCUCGAGUAGACAUGCCAACAAACACCUGUUUUUAUAGGAUCUUAGAAAGACAAUUCUUCCUGUACUUCAACAACAUGCAAACCAUUACAACAUUUCUUAAGUCUGAGCACCAAAGCAAAACCAAACCAACAAAAAAACAAAAACCUACAUACAAGGACUAAUGAAAACAUUGGCAGGGAGGGCAAUCAAAGCCAAUUGAAAACACUGAACAUUUGGAAUUUUUUGUCUCUACUUACAGUUAUAUAGUUGUAGCAUAUCUAUGAUGUGUGUAAGUGAAUAUGAAUUUCCCCCUGUAUUCAUCAAAAUGACAUUCUCAUUUAGACGCUAGAUCCUGCCAGGUUAGGAGCCCACUCUCUGGAUGUAAAUUAGUCACAUCACAUCACCUUCGAAUGGGGUUCUUUAGAGGGCAGAGCUGAAGGACUCAUUGGCCUCCAGAAAUAUGUAAGAAAUCCAGGGAGUAGGUUACUUACCUGGCUCAAUACACCACUCUCCAUUCCACUGAAGCUUUUAUCAAAAACAAAGUUUCCUUUCUUAAUAAUGCCUUGAAAAUACAAUCUAAAAAGGAUAAGCCACUGAGAAUUUCCCCAACAAGUUGACAUCUAAGAGUACACAUGACUUUUGACUAACAAAGUUAUGCAUGGUUACAGGUUUUUAUUUUCAUUUGUUUUCCACUGUUUUGCUGGUGGUCAGCCCCCUCCCUCCAAGGGGGAAUAGCUGUCAUUAAGGACAGUGAAUAAGUAAGGAAAUAUGGAGGCACGUACUUCUUUCCUUUGAAAGAUGAACACACUGCACCAAUGCCUGGAAGCAAGGGUUCCUAAAGAUUAUGUUAAUGUGAUUUCAGGAUGCUCAAGAGCCAAAGCAGAGCAAGAGGGAUAAACUAUGUUGCAAUAUUACUGGGUAAAAAGGGUGACUUCUGGCUGCUGAAUAGCAAAGCCCUUUUUUAAAAAAAAAAAAUUAACCUGCAGCAUCAUCAUCAUCUAUCAAUCUUGUCACAAAUGGUGGUUGAAAAACACAAUAAAAAUGAGCCGACCCUUUCUAAAGAAUCUUGAUUUCAGAUUAAGUUUUGUUUUGUUUUGUCUUUUUCCCUAAAACAAAUUUUAAGAUCAAAGUGAAGAAAACCAGGCAAAUUAUUGAAGCAUAUGGAUUUUUACAGUCAUAUGUUAGCUUGAGUAUUUGGUAACAGUUCUCUGAUGAUGGGCAUUGACCAUAUGUAAUCUGCAGGUUCUGUUUACCUGUGUCAAAACCAAAGGGAACGUUAAAAAAAAAUCAAUUCAUAUUUACAAUGUUUGCAAGUGACUGGGGAAGGGGGCUAGACUUUUUUAAAAAUGAAGUCCUUUGUUGUGUGUGUGCAUAUAUGCAUAUAUAUUUAAUAUUCCCACACCUUAAUUUUAUCUUAUCUAUGAAGUCAAAAACAGAGUUUUUGGUCAUCUGUUCAUGGGGUGCAAGUACCUUCAUAUCAAACAUGGUUUGAAUUUUUUAGACAUUUCCAAAUGCUUACAAAGAUUAAAUGGUGUUUUUUAAUAACCUCCUUGAGAAAACCAAUUUCUGUUUACUUCUCUACUCUGUUCUUCAAAUAAUAAAGACUAUUUCUAUAACAA